CUGUGGGGGGGGGAGAAGCCUGCUCCACUCCCCGCUCACCCCCCAGUGGUGAAGAUGGCAAAUAUCAGCGCAGGGCAGCGGCAGGGCAAUGGUGGGCAUGGUGCAGCAGCAGGACAGCCAUUCACAGCUCAGAUGGCCGGGCUGGAUGAGAAGUCUGGACUUGCUAGUCAAAUGGGAUUCAUGCCGGGGGCAGUGGGUCCUGUGGGUCCAAGAGGGCCUCAAGGUCUGCAAGGACCACCAGGUUCUGUUGGCCCAACAGGACCUCCAGGUGAACAUGGGGACCCAGGACCAAUGGGACCAGCAGGUGUUCGUGGCCCAGAAGGUCCUGCAGGAAAACCUGGAGAAGAUGGUGAGUCUGGCAGAUCAGGACAGCCAGGAGAGGUUGGAUUCCCAGGAUCUCCAGGUGCUCGAGGUUUCCCUGGUGCUCCAGGUAUGCCAGGUUUAAAGGGCCAUAGGGGACAUAAAGGACUAGAUGGUCCGAAAGGUGAAAUUGGAGCCAUUGGAUCUAAGGGUGAACACGGCCCACCAGGUCAGAUGGGUCUAACAGGCCCUAUGGGCCCCCGAGGGAUGGCUGGAGAAAGAGGACGACUUGGACCACAGGGUGCUCCAGGGGCUCGAGGUUCUCAUGGUAUGCCAGGGAAGCCGGGGCCAAUGGGUCCGCUUGGCAUAGCUGGUUCUCCAGGUUUUCCAGGUGUCCCUGGCAUGAAGGGUGAAGCUGGUCCAACAGGUGCACGUGGUCCAGAAGGCCCUCAGGGGCAAAGAGGGGAAACAGGUCCACAGGGACCAGCAGGAAUACCUGGUCUUCCCGGUGCUGUUGGUACAGAUGGUUCCCUAGGUACUAAAGGACCAACGGGAUCUCCAGGUACUUCGGGGCCACAUGGCUCACCAGGUCCACUUGGUUCUCCAGGACCACAAGGAAGCACAGGUCCCCCUGGCAUACGAGGACAAAUGGGAGACCCUGGUGUGCCAGGUUUCAAAGGAGAAGCAGGUCCCAAAGGUGAACCUGGUCCACAUGGCCCUCAAGGUGCAAUUGGCCCAGUUGGUGAAGAAGGGAAACGAGGUCCUCGUGGUGACUCAGGAUCAGUCGGCCCUCCAGGACCUGUGGGAGAAAGGGGUCCUCCUGGGAAUCGUGGUUUUCCAGGGUCUGAUGGCUUGCCAGGACCAAAGGGAUCUCAGGGAGAACGUGGUCCUUCAGGGGCAUCGGGGCCUAAAGGAAGCCAGGGUGAUCCGGGUCGCACUGGUGAACCUGGCCUUCCAGGUGCCAGAGGUCUUACAGGAAAUCCAGGUGUUUCAGGUCCAGAAGGAAAACCUGGUCCUUUGGGUGCUCCAGGAGAAGAUGGUCGACCAGGUCCAGCUGGUUCAAUAGGGAUUAGGGGCCAGCCAGGCAGCAUGGGGCUCCCUGGGCCCAAAGGCAGCAGCGGGGACCCUGGAAAACCUGGAGAAGCAGGCAAUGCUGGUGUCCCAGGACAGCGAGGAGCUCCUGGUAAAGAUGGUGAAGUUGGCCCAGCUGGUCCUGUUGGUCCGCCUGGACUAGCAGGAGAAAGAGGAGAACAAGGUCCCCCGGGUCCUACAGGCUUUCAGGGUUUACCUGGCCCUCCAGGCCCUCCAGGGGAGGGGGGAAAGCCAGGGGACCAAGGUGUUCCUGGGGACCCUGGAUCUCCUGGCCCCUUAGGUCCAAGGGGUGAUCGUGGCCAUCCAGGUGAAAGAGGAAACCCAGGACCAUCUGGUCUCUCAGGGGAAAAAGGGAUGGCUGGAGGUCAAGGCCCUGAUGGUCCAAAGGGUAAUCCAGGUCCCUCUGGAACUCCUGGGGAUCAAGGGCCCCCUGGUCUUCAGGGUAUGCCUGGAGAGAGGGGCAUUGCUGGAACUCCUGGUCCCAAAGGUGACAGGGGCAGUAUUGGAGAAAAGGGAUCUGAAGGUACAGCCGGCAAUGACGGUGCAAGAGGUCUCCCAGGUCCAUUAGGUCCACAUGGUCCUGCGGGUCCCGCUGGUGAAAAGGGUGAACCUGGCCCUCGAGGUUUAGUUGGCCCUGCAGGCUCUCGUGGAACUCCUGGUUCCCGAGGUGAAAAUGGCCCAACUGGCCAAGUUGGUUUUGCUGGUCCUCCGGGCCCUGAUGGUCAACCAGGUGUGAAAGGAGAACCGGGAGAGCCUGGGCAGAAAGGAGAUGCUGGAUCCCCAGGACCCCAAGGUCUUGCAGGCUCUCAUGGCCCUCCAGGCCCUUCUGGUGUUCCUGGACUAAAAGGUGGCCGAGGUACUAAAGGCCCCCCAGGUGCUACGGGAUUCCCUGGAUCUGCUGGAAGAGUUGGACCACCAGGACCUACUGGAGCUACUGGUCCAGCUGGACCUCUUGGUGAACCCGGCAAAGAAGGACCGCCAGGUCUUCGGGGAGAUCCUGGUGCUCAUGGUCGUGUGGGAGAUCGUGGGCCAGCAGGACCAUCUGGUAGUCCUGGAGACAAAGGAGACUCAGGAGAAGAUGGACAAUCUGGUCCUGAUGGUCCCCCAGGUCCAGCUGGAAGUACUGGCCAGAGAGGCAUUGUGGGUAUGCCAGGUCAACGAGGAGAGAGGGGCAUGCCUGGGCUGCCUGGCCCUGGUGGUACACCAGGAAAACAAGGCCCCACAGGACCAUCGGGAGACAAAGGCCCUUCUGGGCCCAUUGGCCCUCCAGGUGCUUCUGGCCCAGUGGGUGAGGCCGGACCAGAAGGUCCUGCAGGUAAUGACGGUACUCCUGGACGGGAUGGAGCUCUUGGUGAACGGGGUGAUCGUGGUGAACCUGGACCUGCAGGCCUUCCUGGUUCCCAGGGUGCUCCGGGCACGCCAGGGCCUGUUGGUCCUCCAGGAGAUCCAGGACAAAGAGGUGAAUCAGGUUCACGGGGUCCAAUGGGUCCUUCUGGUCGUGCUGGAAAGCGAGGUUUGCCUGGUCCCCAAGGUCCUCGUGGUGACAAAGGUGACAAUGGAGAUCGAGGUGAUAGGGGGCAGAAGGGUCACCGAGGUUUCACUGGCCUUCAGGGUCUCCCUGGACCACCAGGUCCUAUUGGUGAACAAGGCAGUUCUGGGAUUCCAGGCCCAUUUGGCCCUAGAGGCAUUCCAGGUCCAGUUGGACCUUCAGGUAAAGAAGGAAAUGCUGGACCACUUGGACCAGUUGGACCUCCUGGCAUGAGAGGAACUGGAGGAGAAGCAGGUCCUGAGGGCCCACCAGGGGAACCUGGUCCUCCAGGCCCCCCAGGCCCCCCAGGCCAUCUCACAGCUGCGAUUGGUGACAUUAUGGGACAUUAUGACGAUGGUCUAGCAGACCUUCCGCCAGAGUUCACUGAUGAUGAAGCUCCUCCAGAUGACAGCAAUAAAACAGAUCCAGGAGUCCAUGCUACGCUGAAGUCACUGAGCAGCCAGAUUGAAACUAUGCGCAGCCCUGAUGGAUCAAAGAAACACCCAGCACGGACUUGUGAUGAUUUGAAGCUGUGCCAUCCAUCCAAAAAGAGUGGAGAAUAUUGGAUUGAUCCCAACCAAGGCUGUGUGGAAGAUGCUAUCAAAGUAUUCUGCAACAUGGAAACGGGUGAAACCUGUAUAUCUGCUAACCCAGCUAGUAUUCCACGCAAAACAUGGUGGACUAGUAGGUCACCUGACCUAAAGCCUGUAUGGUAUGGACUUGAUAUGAAUAGGGGUUCACAGUUUUCCUAUGGUGCUAGUCAGUCACCCAGUACCGCCAUCACUCAAAUGACUUUCCUACGCCUACUGUCCAAAGAAGCCUCUCAAAAUAUCACCUAUCACUGCAAGAACAGCAUAGGAUACAUGGAUGACCAAGCCAAGAACUUGAAGAAGGCUGUGGUCCUAAAGGGAGCCAAUGACCUUGAGAUCAAAGCUGAAGGAAACAGCCGAUUUAGAUACACUGUUCUUCAUGACAGCUGCUCUAAACGCAGCGGGAAUGUGGGCAGCACAGUCUUUGAAUACAAAACACAGAAUGUGGCACGCUUACCUAUUGUUGAUAUUGCUCCAGUGGACAUUGGAAGUGCAGACCAAGAGUUUGGAAUAGAGAUUGGGCCAGUCUGUUUUGUGUAAAAGAAAUAAAGAAAAGAAAAGAAAGGAAAGAAAAGAAAAAAGGGAGGGUUAAAAAUAAAUAAAUAAAGGGGAAAUUGUACCAAUUCACAAGCAUCGGGAGCAACAGAAACAGCAGCAAAACACAAAAACUGAGUGAAGUUAAUCCUGAGACUCUUGAAGAAAUGACUGAUGUUGUGAUCAGCAUUGUAUAUAACCGUUCUCUUUAUUUCCCUGGCCUUUGCUAGAAUAUUUAUUUCACUUUCAAAUCUUCAGUCUAGUUGUCCCGGGUUAACAUUUUAAUAAAGAAAUAUGAUUUUAAAAGGACAAAUGACCACCCUUUGAUGCAAAAGUUACUAAUGUAUGUUUCCUAAUGAUAAAUGAAGAUAAUGAUAAAGUUUUUAUUUUAGGUUUUUGCUCAGCUCAUAUGAGUGCAAUUCAUUUGAUGCAUAUAUUCUAAACAGAUGGAUCUAUGUAAUACUUUUAAUUGCCCAAUCCUAAAACUGGUUGCACCAACUCAAACUCCACUCUACCAGUGGAGCAUCAUAGAAUAUGUCCUGAACUGGCAUUAGAAGCCUGAAGCCAAAGAGCUAGUUGGUUAAUUCAAAUUAAUAUGUGAGAUUCAUCCUUGCCCCACCUUUUGACCCUUGCCCAACCCCAUUUUGCCAGGCCACAAUGCUCCAAGGAAGGUCACGCCCGGCAGACUUCUCACCUCUAUAAAGCUCCUGAAAGUACAGGAGCCCUCUCAGGGUUUAGAUCAGAGCUGCACAACUCCAGCCCUCUAGCUGCUGUUGGACUGCAAAUCCCACCACCCCUGAUUAUUGGCCACAGUGUCUGGGGAUGAUGGGAGUUGUAGUCCAACAACAGCAGGAAAGCUGAAGUUGUGCAGCCCUGGUCAAGACCUUGGACACUUACGGCUGCUAGGCCCAAAGUUCUCAACUUUCCAAAGCUUUCUGGCCUUUCCAUGUCCUUCUUGCUAAGAGCACACAAUGUCAUUCCAGCCAUGACUUCCCCUAUGCCCCACUUUCUCCUUGGGCCAUUCAGUUGUAUGCCUCACCAUUCCUCAUGUUCUCACUUCCCUGUUUUUCACCCCAUUUCAUACACUGUUUGCUUUCUUCGGUCACUCUGCCUCUGGGUGGCCUACACCUUAAAAUUCUCUACACUGGGACCUUUUUCUACUUAGCUUUCUCUUUAGUUUGCCACGCAACUCCUCCUGCCCCUACGUGAGCUCCCUGCCCCCAGCCAAACUGACAUUUCAUUCAGUGUUUCAUUUUCUCUCACACACUUUUGCCAGGCCUAUUUCACACACAGAUGCAAGACCAGCCUAAUGGGCCUUCCCCUAACUGUCCCAAAAUGCUUGUGUGUUUUCUGUGCACAUCUCAUAUUAUUUUCCCUAUUGUGCCUUCAGGAAUAGUGUGGAACAUGACAAAGGCCAUUACCAUUUCCGAAAGGUUAUAUGUGCAAACCUUAGGUACACCACUGGCAAAGCUCCUUGAAUGCUGAUCAGCCACUAAUUUCUGACCGCAAUAACAUCACAGCUCACUUCUUCUGCCUUUUUCUCUCCACUUCCUUGCAUGAAGUGAGUUGGGGAAAAUGAUGCCAGAAUCAUCAACCCCAAGAGCUACUUACUUUGGGGGAGGUUUUAGCUAUAUUCUUUUGACUAUUUGAGAUACUUUGGUAAAUUUGGGUAUGUGGAAUACUGUAUCUCCCUUUUUUGCAUAUUUGACCCCUGGGUCAGGAUUCAGAGCAGGGAUAUCUGUGCAUAGGGGGCAAGCGCCACAUUCAGCAGAAGGCCUCCCUCCUCAUUUCAUUGCAUCAGUGCCCUUGGCCAAGGAAGCGAGCUGCUUUUAAAAGGGUUUAUCCCUUUGCUGAUUUUGCUGCAGCAAAUCCCACUGCCUAACGAAGUUCCCACUAUGUACACAGCUUGCAGGUUGUCCAUGCUUAUCCCUUCUUUGGACCUUGGCCACAUUAUGUGGACUACCAUGCAGUGUGCUUAUAGCAUACGUGUCUUCCAGAUCAUAUGGACUGAUCAAUGAAAUGUGAGAACUGGUCUCAGUGCAGAGGACUGAAGUAGAUGGGGUUGGACUCUUUAUAGUGCUACCAUUCUAAUUUAAGUAUCUCAUAUAGGGCCAUGCAAGCCAUUCCUAGGUACUUAGCUAAAUGCAUAACUCUAAUGACUGAUAAUAAAUCAGUGACUUAAUCAUGUGUUGUUCCAAAGUAAUUCUCAAAUUCAAUACUAAUAGGGGUUUGGGGUCUUUUUUUGGUAGUCUGUGUAAUGAGCAGUUACCUUUUAAAUGUUAUAGGCAAUGGGUAAAAUUUUGUUGCAUUGUAAAGUCAAAACUCCUGAUUCACUUCAGUGGCAUCAAGCUCUCCCUUCCACCUCAAGAGUAUUGUCCAGUUUAUGUGUGUUGUCAUUUAUUCCCAUGUAUUAAUCUAAACCAAGCCUUAAUAUAAAGAUUAGAGACUCACUGUUGCUGAGAUAAAGCUUUCAUUCAACAACCGGUCAUGCAUCACCAGAAACUGACUUAGCUGCCUUGAUUUAUCAGGGCAGACAAAUGGUCCAUCACUUCUUAGCAUGAGCUACCUCAUCUCUCGAAGCUGGGAUGCAUUUAAGAAACUAGUGUUUGUUCUAGAUACAAAAAAGGUGCUAUGCUUCUGUUAUAAUUCCAAGAAUGGAGAUAGGCAGGGCAAUAAAAUAUUUUCUUAAACAAUGUUUUUAAAAAAGCAAUGGUGCUAAAAUAAUUUCUGUAGAUUCCUGAAAAAAUAAAGAUGGUUGCCAUCACCUUCUCUUUGAUAGAAUUUAGAUUUUAGAUUUCUGGUACUUGGAAAAAAUGUUAUGCAAUGCGUUUUUUCUUAUGGUUAUACCAUAUACAGAAUACUGUAUACAUCAGCAUAUCUUUUUUCCAUACAGCAUGUGGAUACAAACCUACUUCUAGGGUCUUUCGUUAUUGAAGAACUGUUCUCUCUUGUUUCUUUUAAAAAUAAACACAAAAAGAAAGAAAAGCCAUACACAUAGCUUUAUUCAUGUAUCUUUGCAAAGCAUUUAAUUAAAUACAAGUUUCUUGUUGAGUAGUGGCUUCCUUUGUUUAGAGUCCUAACAAUAUUUGCAGGAGAAAAAACAAGAUUGUGUUGUAUCUCUGUGAGUGUGAGUGUGUAUGAGUGAUUGUGAAUGUGCCAUGCUAUUUGUGAUUUUAAAAAAAUGUAGCACCCAAAGUAUUUUCUCAAUUAAAUUAUACAGGGAAUUUUGAGUGAUAUUUUUAAGAUAAUACUUAAAAGAUUAAAGGCAAAUUAACUGAAUGACUGCCACUGAAUACAAAUCUGGAAAUUCAGAAUUUGACAACUAUGGCUUUGGAAUUCUGGACAUUCAAUAUUUUUAAUUGUUGCUGAAUAAAAUAUUUUGAUGAAA